AUGAGCGGAUCGCUAUCAGCGCCGGUGCUCGUUCUUGCGCUAAUCGGCGCGCUUGCCGUGUUCACCGAGGUCGUGUCGCUCGUGCGCGUCGGCGUAUCGCCGUCCUACGUGUCGUUCUCGUCCGCCGUGGCCGCCGUUCACGGACGCGAUGCCGCGUGGACGGAGCGCAGUACGGCUCCGGGAGACGCGGAGAACGACCUGGAAGGAACGGCGUGGCCUGCGGUUCCGAGUGCAGCAGGUGCGUUGCGGUUCAGUGCGGUUGAGAGGGCGCAGUUCCGAGUGCAGCAGGCAUGGCAAGCAGGCGAGCUUCUGGGUCCCACAGUGCGGUGGUUCCGCAAGGGCGUGGUGGAAAGCAUGGCAGCAGAGGUGCUGUGCCUACCUGCCUACUCCUUGCUCUCUCAUUCCCCUCCUUGCCUCCUUCACUGCUCACAGGCGUGGGCAGCAGGCGAGCUACUUGGCCCAACAGUGCGGUGGUUCCGCAAGGGCGUGGUGGAAAGCAUGGCAGCAGAGGCGCUGUGGCUGCCUGCUGACGUCAUUGCUGCUGCUGCUGCUGACGCUGCUAUUGGCGCUGCUGAUCCCGAUGCUGCUGCCAAGGCUGCUGAAGGCAGCAGCGGCAGGGGCCAACCUGGGCGACUCACAUCCCCUAAUUCUCUUGUUUUCCCUUUCCCCACUCCAGAGGCGGCAGCGAGGGAACGAGACAGAGAGGCGGCGGCAGCAGCAGCGGCGGCGGCGAAAGAAACGAGGAGAGGGUUGGAUCCUUUGAAACGGGUGUUCCUGAGACUGCUAGCUCUCACAACGGAGUGGCAGGUGCGGGCCAACCAGGGGCACGCGGAGACGGGGAAGCAUGCCCCGCUGCUCAAAAUAAUUGACCACAUCUCCUCUUACCCUUGGCUGUUUGUGCCUCCCCUCCCAUCCAUCUCCCUGCUUUUUUUUUUUGUUUUUUUUUUUGUCUCUUUCCUCUCCUGCCUCUCUUUCCUCUCCUGCCUCUCUUUCCUCUCCUGCCUCUCUUUCCUCUCCUGCCUCUCUUUCCUUUCCUGCCUCUCUUUCCUCUCCUGCCUCUCUUUCCUCUCCUGCCUCUCUUUCCUCUCCUGCCUCUCUCACCUCUCCUCCCCCGGCCGCCUCCCAGAAGUGCGCCACCCCUGGCCGGAUCUCCUCCUGCCCUUCUCGGUCACGGCCUUCCCUCACCUCCGCAACUUCGUCACCAACUCCGCUGUGCGUGCCUGCGGGGCCAUCUGCCCCGCCCUCAGCCUCCCAUCCUUCCUGGGAGAUUCCCCAGGCAUAGUAAUAACCGAGUUCAAUAUAAACGUUGGUGAGGCCUGGGACUCCACGCUCCUGCUGCGCCAGCUGGCCUUGUGGCCCUCCCACCCUGCUCUCCUCAACCUCAACCUCUUCGGCUGCGCCUCCACCUUCUCCCACCACAGCGGCCCUGCCAGAGGCUCUGCCUCCUGCGACCCCAUCCCCACGCCCUCCUCCUCUGACUUUGCUGCUGCAGCUGCUGCUGCUGCUGGCGUGCCCACGAUCAGUAUGGCCCGUGCGCUCACUCCGUUCUGGCGCCCUGCGUCCGUUCCCCGGUGUGGGAAUAUCGACGGGAGCUUUGGGAAUGGUUCUGCUGGUGCUGGUGCUGGUGCUGCGGGUGGUGGUGUGGGGAGUGGGAUAAGAGAUGGAGUGCGGUCGGCUUGGGUGCGGCUGGUUGCAGGGGCGUGUGAGAGGGAGUGCACGCUUCCCAAGGACAGGUGCCCCCCGUCAGGAGACAAGCCAUUCUCCCUUCCGUGCACUGCCUGUGUGCACGCGUGCUACGCCCGGGAGGGGUGGGGGGUGGUGGGAUUCGGCGGGGAUGGAGGAGAGGCGGUAGGAGGAGGGGAAGGAGUGGUGGAAGAACAGCUGGCGAGUCUGGGUGUGAACCGGCUGAUAGGAUGCUCAGGUCAUGAGCUAGGCUCUCUCUACCCACCUGGCCAAACACCUGCCGCCGUCGCCGAUGCUGCUGCUGCCGCUGCCGCCGCUGCCGCCGCCGCCGCUGCCGCCGCUGCUAGUAACUCUGACGUGGGAGACUCAGAGGUGGUCGGGCGGCCGCUUUUGGAAGUAUCUGCGGAGACGGUGCUGGGUGCCGACCGGGUGCACAUGGUAGAGUUUGGGCACGAGCUGGCAGCGGCAGUGGUGGUACGGCAUCUGAUGUCCUCUCUGCUGGCACUCACCCCUCAAGACAUCCAGCAGUUCCUAGAAGAGGAGCAGCAAAGAGAGCAGGGGCAGCCUGCUCAACAACAGCCGGAGCAGGCGUGGACACACAUGAAGCCGGAGCAAGGGCAGUGCUUCACCACCAAUUGGGGGGACUACCGACAGAGGCACCGCUGCCCCAAGCUCAAAGCUAUCAGCGGGCAGGUCUCCUUGAAAUCUCGCCAGCCUGGGUGGGUGCUGUACCCGCUCUCGCGCGACAAAGAAGCGUUUAUGUCGCACGUCCCCAAUGCUACUGUAACUUUUGCGAUAAAUGUAAAUUUACGAGCUGGAGGGAGGCUGGCGUUUCUGUUCCUGAAGGCUCAGGACCUCGGGCCUGGGCUCGUGCGUGUAGCGUGGGGGGGCGGGGGUGGAAAAGGUGGGGAAGGAGGUGGGGAGGGUGGAGAAAUUGGGCCAAUAUUGUUGAAUGCAGAGGCGUGGAGGUCACCUACAAGGGUUGUGGGCGGGCAGGUGCUGCCGGGGAUAGUGCCGAGAGGGAGGGUGGAGAUUUCAGUGACAGUGGUUCCCGGUGGUGGGAAUGGAGCUCCCGAGGGGUUCGGCGUAAUUGGUGUGUUUGUGUUGUCUGGACUGCUUCCAGAUUCCAUGUUUUCAUAA